CAGAUUACUUGAAAAGUUAUUCUUCGAUCUUGUAGGUUCUUAAACCAACUCCUACAAUGAGUGAUCCAACAGCCCGCGAAGACCUUACCAAGCGGCAGCUUCCUUCCAUGGCACUCGCGAACGGCAUCGAAUCUUUACCUUCUGAAGCUCAAGCACGUACAGCUUCAACGUCGGAUGAUUCUUCGACAAGAUUUCAAGUCUCUGGCGUUGCAGUUGUCACUGGAGGGCUGGGAACCAUUGCAUUGACUGUUGUUCGAGCAUUGUUGCAGCACGGCGUGACUGGGCUGAUGCUGCUUGACCUUGACGUGACUUCGGAAUCUGCGAUAAGUAAAGUGGAUGAUCUUAGGAAAGACUUUCCGAAAAGGAAAAUUGAGGCAGCGUCUGUGGAUGUAACCGAUGAAGAAGCUGUAGGACAGGUUAUGACUUCAACAGUUGAGAAACUAGGCGGCCUUGACUACCUCCUCUGCUUCGCGGGCAUAGUCAACUGUACUCAUGCUCUCGAUUUAUCACCCAAAGUCUUCAGAAAGCUCCUCGAUGCCAAUACAACUGGAAGCUUCAUCUGUGCCCAAGCUGCGGCAAAGGAAAUGGUCAAAGCCAACACCGGAGGACGCAUCGUCUUCAUAGCCAGCAUAUCAGCACAUCGAGUCAACUACCCACAGCCGCAAGUUGCAUAUAAUACAUCCAAGGGAGCGCUUUUGAUGCUAAAAAGUAGUCUCGCGGCAGAGUGGGCGCGAUAUGGAAUUACUGUGAAUAGCAUCAGCCCUGGAUACAUGGAUACUAUUCUUAACGAGGGAGAGGGAUUAGCAGAUGCGAGAAGGUCGUGGGCCGAGAGGAAUCCAAGCGGAAGAAUGGGAAUGCCUGAAGAACUGAGUGGAAUGGUUGUGCUAUUAUGUUCCAAGGCUGGAAGCUAUAUCAACGGGUCUGACAUGGUUGUCGAUGGUGGAGGAAUACCAAUAACCAAAAGCAUACACACGCAUAUCAAUGCCUAUUCCGAGGCGGAGCCAUCACGUAGACGCGACAACUCCACGCCUGCUUACAUGCCAAGGCCGACUCCACCAGUGAUCGGUCAAACCGACCGAGGUCACCUCGGAAGCCAUGGAAGCUUAUUUGGGGUCAUAGCGACGAGGGUUCCACCGAAACUUAACCCUGUUCAAACUCCGACUUCCCCUCUCUUCAUCACUCAAACUCCGAAAGCUAUGUCUUCAAGAUCGAUAUUCGUGAUCUUACUCAUUGGACUGAUUGCUUCUUUCGUGUACGAGAGGAUCAAUCUGAUUCAGACAUUCUAUCAAAAUACUCCGUCGCGUAUCACCAAGGUGAACAACAUCGGGAAAUAUGAAGUCAAAUUUCAAGAUCAGAUCAGGAGCUGCGAGGAUGUUUUACUUAUUGAGAAGUAUCAUCUUGCAAUUCUAGCCUGUGAUCCAGGAAGAGAGCGGCACAACACUGUCAUGGGAAUCUUUGCAGGAAAUGUUACUAAUAAUGCUGAACUUUGGGCAUAUGACUACACAGUCACCGACCGUACUGACGCUGAAUCCCUGAAGAGGAUCAAAUUGGCUGGAUUCCCUCACGCAUCUGACUUUCACACCCUGGGCAUGGCGUUUGAUCUUGAGACAUCUAAUCUCUUCGUCGUGAGCCAUGCCGUCGCAGGAUCACGCAUUGAGCUCUUCAAUCUCGACAUUGGAUCAUUGACUGCCAGUUACAUCCAGACCAUUCAGCAUCCUCUCAUUAACGCACCAAAUUCAAUCGCUUCUGUCAACGGACACGAGUUCUACGUCACCAACGAUCACUACAUUACCAAGAAACAGUCACUCGUGUUGAGUAACCUAGAGACAUAUCUGGGUCCGCCGACAGGAACAGUGGUCCAUGUGAACCUCAAAGCGUCAGAUCUCGAUGUGAGGGUUGUCGCGUGGGUUCCUUUCGCCAACGGUAUCGAAAUCCUCAACAGUUCAACCGUUGCGGUGGCGUCGUCCUCACGAGCGGCCAUUUAUAUGUUUAAUACUUCAGACGCCACAAAAUUCAAAGAGACCUCCAGGAUCAAACUUCCUUUCCUACCAGACAACCUCUCUGGAUCUGGUGAUAAGCUCAUGAUCGCGGGACACGGCAACAUGCCUGCCCUGGCAAAGUUCACGCAGUCACGUCGUUUUUGCAACGACCCCUUUGAAUACGAACGCGCGGACCCUACUAUGAAGGAGUCCUGUGCUAAACUACAGGCUAUUUCUUGGGUUUCUGAGUGGAGUGAAAGUGAAGGAUUGAAGCACCUUUAUGUUGACACUGAGUAUCCGUCGAGCUCGACUGCUGUCAAGGACGCCGGAAAGGGCGUUGGAAUUAUCAGUGGUCUUUACGCCAAGGGUAUUUUGAUUUGGAGAGAUGAGAAAUAAAACCACGCUAGUUUUGUAUUCAUCGCGGAGUAUUAGAAAGAAAGUCGAGACCUAGAACCGGAGGAAAGUGUUCAGAGGCAAGGAAUUUAUCUGAACAAGUGGAUGCAAAUGCAUUUCAACAGGUUAAUGCUCCACUUUGGCUUUAGUCAAUCACUAUACAUAUGAUUGAGAGUACAUGGAAUGACGGCCUGCAUUCACAGUUGGGAACGAGACUGAACAACGGAAUCUGUGUAACAUCUUCCGUCUUUCACCAUCUCCCGCACUGUCAAAGAACAGUACCGGAUAAAGGAUUCACAGGGGCACUAAACAAGAUUUCGGCAGUACAUCUGUGAUCUCAGUCUAUCGUUUCGUGAAUAAGUCCAGAUACUCAUGUAUAAAUCAUUUCGUAAACUUUG